GAUCUCGCAUCUGGUCAUGUGACUUUCACGUUGUGUGUGUUUUGAUGUGUAGGAGGAUUGCUUCCGCCGAGUGCGACAUGAUCGGUCGAUAGUUCGUGAGAUUGGCAGAAGAAGGAAGCUUCAUACACGAACUAUGCCUGCCUGAGAGGUAUAUCAUAAGUCAAGGCGCGAAAUCAGGAAUGUUUGAAAGUCAGGGGUCUACCUGGAUUCUGUGAAAGUGUUCGUGUGUACAAUAUGGCGUCAUGAGAUUUACGUUCAGAAAGAUAGCGUAUGCCGUUUUGGGGCUGUAUUUUUUGGUAACGUGUUACACCGGAUUUGUCCUAUUUCGACGGAGACUAUAUACAGCUUAUACAAAUAACAAGGAGCGGAUUAUUCUCGAAAAGAUCCAGAGUUUGAGAGAUAUUUCUGAUGAUGAAAAUUGGAAUCCAUGGGGUGAAGAGUUUGAAAUUGAAAACAAUUUUAUUCAGCACCAUGAACCCCCUAAAAUUUUGUGGGAGAUGGAACAUUCUCUUGGCCGGAGUCCUUUAGACAGCAAAGACAACAGUACAGAAGAGUUCAUUGUUGAAGUAUGGGGUAAAGCAGCAAUUGGCAUCUACCUGUGGGAGCACAUCCUGGGAGGACUCAUUGAGAAGAAGAUGGGAGGCGUAUGGAGCUAUGGAGUCAAAAAGAUUCACAGCAUCAAGUUCAGGCUGAGGACAGGCCCUGGUGUGAUUCCUAGCAAGGUGCCUCGGAACACAGAGAAUCUGCUGCUGAUUCUAAAUGGACGCGAACCCUCCAAGACAGACUUCGCUAAACUCUGGCUAGACUUCCUGCCAGCCUUACCCUAUCUGAAAAACGUGGCUGUCGUAAUACUGGGAAACGAGCAGUGUAAUAACGAUUGGCUCAAGUCCUACAUGCAGAUUAGAGGAGGACCAAUCAAAUUUGCAUUCCUCGUGUACGACAGCCCUGACAUCGACAACGUCAACUUCUACCAGUGGCCGCUUGGGGUUGCAACGUAUCGAGACUUCCCCAAAGUGGACACCGCCCACCUACCUCUGACGAUGCACAGGAAAUACUUGUGCAACUUUAUGGGGACAAUAUACAGAAACUCAAGCCGGGAAAUCCUGAUGAAUGUCCUUGAGAAAAAUAACUUACUGUCAUCGUGCUAUGUGAAGCCCAGGAAGGAAUGGAUGCCCCAAGAGACUGACACAAGUCGGGAGGAAUACAUGCGAGCCCUGGCCCAGAGCGAUCUCACCCUCAACCCAGUCGGGGUCAACACGGAAUGUUACCGCAUUUACGAGGCGUUAUCCUACGGUUCACUUCCUGUUGUGGAGGAUGUGAUGACCCCAGGGAAUUGUGGGUCGUCCAGUGCUUCCCUCGUUGCUCCUCUGCGCUUGCUCAAAGAGUAUAACGCACCCAUUGUAUAUAUGAAAGACUGGAAUCAGAUAGUAGACAUUUUAGACCAAGAGGCUAAAAUGCCUCAUGAAGAUAAAGUUAAAAGACGACAAAAGCUGAUUCAGUGGUACGAAAAUUUCAAAUCUCUUAUGAGAGAACGACUUGUACGAAUAUUAGAAGAAAGAUUUUUCAAUAUCAAACGGUAACAAUUACAGUGCCAUAAGACCUAGAAUUUUAUCAAAUUGUAGAUAGAGUGUUGAACAGCAAUACCAAAGUCUUUCAGUAUUCAUCCCUCGAUGACAGAGUUUUAUUUCAGAUGUGGUUUCAAAAUUUAAAUAUUCAUCAAAUUGAGUUAAAGGUUGGCGAGUCUGUUUGUAUCAAUAACAGAAAUGCUAUCUGACCCAGGAACACCUUGCAGGUUGAAACAGGAUGGAAGUAAAUUAAUGUUGGACAAAUUUCAAAACAUCAAGAAUGUUUUGCUGAGGGACUGGUCAUUUGUUAAAGGGUAGGUGGUGUAUGAGGAAUUGAAUGGGUCCUAAAAGAUCCUGAUUGCCUGGCUGUUGGUCAUUGUAUCCAGACUGCAUAGAUCAAUGCACAUGUCAGUCACUGGAUUAUCUGGUUCAGACUCGAUUCAUUACAGACUGCUGUCAUAUCUUCAAUAUUGCUUAGUGUAGGUGAGGUGAAAUGGGGUUUAAC